AUGGCAUCGUCUCCAGAUGCGGGGAAGAAUGGCGUGACCGUGAUCAGCGAGACUUUGAGAACAGUCGUUGGCGUGACGAUGGCCGACAAGGUCAAGGAUACAGAGAGCGCGAUUCUCGUGAACGCGACUAUCGACACCCAGAGCGAGAGCCACGCGAUUUUCGCGGCCGAGAGCGAGAUCCACGAGAUCGUGGCCGUGAUGGCCGUGAUGGUCGUGAGAUGCGAGAUCAGCGGAUGGACUACCCCCCUCCCCGAGGAAGGGAUCAAUAUCCAGGCGAUCGGUACGAAGACCGACGCGGAGAUGUCAGACAACGUGCUGACAGCAGAGACUUCCAGGACUGCCGCAGCUGUUGUUUGA